AUGGCUUUCAAAUUAAAUUGUUUCUUUUUUGUGACUCUUUCGAUGAUAGCAAUUGCUUCUACCAUCUGCCUUGCAGCAAAUGAUGAUCAAAAGUUAUCGAUUUCAUUUGGUCGUGAUAAUUGGCAAACCAAUAAUCCAAACGGCGAUAUUAAUUGGCACAGUAUGGAUCCAAACGAUCCUAAAGUGGUGGACCUUGCUAAUUUUGCGGUAAAGGAGGCAAAUAAGAAAUAUAAAGGCAACAGAGUAUUCAAGUAUGUGAAAGUGACGGAUGCAGCCUAUACUGAUCAAAUUUAUGAUUCUUACAGAGUUUAUGAUAUUCUUGUUGUGGCCAUAGAUACAACAUCUGGUGUCACACACAGAGUUCUAACAGUGGUUAAAGAAGGUAUUAAGGGGAAACAAAAAGGUAGAAGAGAACUAGAGAGCUUCGAUCCACUUUUUACUUAAAAUUGCCCCCCAAGUGU